AUGGCGGGUGAUGCUGCUGCGCUGCCGCUGAUCGGCUCCGGGAUCGGCUUCGAGCUGUGGUCCAGUGCCAGCGACGAGCAGCAAGACUACCGCGUCCGAAAGAUCUGCGUCGUGGCACGCAUGGCCGGGAUCGACCUCGACCUCAAGACGGGCAUGUCGGAGGAAGAGAUGGAGGCCUUCGCGCCGCUGGCCAAGGGGCUUGUCCUCAAGGUCUGCAGGCCGGGGCAGGCGGCGCCCGUUGGGGGCGAGGAGGCGGUGACCCAGAGCAACGCCAUCCUGAGGACCCUGGCGAUGGCGAAGGCGGACUCUUCGCUGUACGGAAGGAGCGAGUUCGAGUCGGCCCAGGCGGACCAGUGGCUAGAGACGUGCUGGAAGGAGCUGGAGGUCCCGGCGCAGGCGCUAGCGGCGGCUUCGGGUAACCAGGCCGUCAUCGCCGAGGCUAAGCGGCACCUGCUGUCCUUCCUGGCUACGGCCAACGCCACGCUCUCUACGAGCACUUUCUUGGUGGGCGAGCGCACGACCAUCGCGGACGUGGGCCUCGCGUGCGCCGCGAGAGAUCUCAUCGAGGGCAGCGUCGCAGGAGGGGCUGCAUCCCUCGGCGCGAGAGAUCUGGCGGGCCUCCCCCACGUCCUGCGGUGGUACCGAACCGUCACCCAUCACCCCGCAUUCUCUGCAACGGCGGUGGCGGCGGCACCCGCACCCGCUGCUUCCGCGCGCGGGCUUGCCGGGGCCAAGGGACAGGGGAAGCAAAAGCAGGUGCCGCCGGCGGCGGCAGCUGUCAAGGCCGCGGCGGGAGCGGCGGCGGGUGCGGGGGCCGGUGCCGCGGGGGAUGAGCCCCUUCCGGUCGUCGGAGAAAGCGGAGAUCUGAUGUCGAGCGCGUCGGUGGUCCAGGGUUCCAGGCGUCUCGAGGUCGCGCCGGCCAGGUUCAGGAGGAAGAGGGUGAGGGUGAGGGAGCUGCUGGCCAGCGGGACGUCGGUGGUGGGGCAGAAGGCGGUGGUGAAGGGCUGGCUGAGGACGGCCAGGGCGGCGAGCAAGGGGGCUCUGCUGUUCCUGGUGGUGGAUGACGGGUCUUGUUCGGGCACGGUGCAGGUGGUGGUGUCGAAGGGAGCGCCUGGAUUCGACGCGGCCGCCAGUUGCGGGGGAGUGGGCGCGUCCGUGUCGGUGCUGGGGACGGUAGUUGCCUCCAAGGGCAAGGGGCAGGACGUGGAGAUCAAGGCUGACGAAGUCGAGGUGCUUGGGUGCGUCUACGAGCCGGACGGGACUGUUGGAGCUUCCACCUAUCCCCUGGCGAAGAAGGCCCACUCCCUGGAGUUCCUCCGCAGUAUUGCUCACCUAAGACCCAGGACGAAGAUGCACUCGGCAGCCAUGCGCGUGCGCCACGCCAUGGCCUUCGCCACCCACAAGUUCUUCAACGACAGAGGCUUUCUCUACAUCCACACGCCGAUCGUAACCGGGGCCGAUUGCGAGGGGGCGGGUGAGCAGUUCGCAGUGUCUACGCUUUUGCCCGACGCUGGUGGCGAGGAGGGCAACGGGCAUGCGGCGGCGGCGGGCGGAGGUCCUCCGAUGACUCCGGCGGGGGCGGUGGAUUACUCGAAGGACUUUUUCGCUCGGCGUACGUGCCUGACGGUGUCGGGACAGCUCAACGUAGAGACCCAUGCGUGUUCCCUGGGGGACGUUUACACGUUCGGACCAACUUUCCGAGCGGAGAACAGCCACACCUCCAGGCACUUGGCCGAGUUCUGGAUGAUCGAGCCCGAGGUGGCCUUCGCUGAUCUGAAGGACGACAUGGAUCUGGCGGAGGACUACCUCAAGUACCUCGUGGCCUACGCGCUCGGACACUGCCAGGGGGACCUAGAGUUCUUCGAGACGUGUCCGGGGGGAGAGCCCGGCCUAAGAGAACGACUCAAGAACGUGCUGCAGAACGAUUUCGUCAGGAUGACGUACACCGAGCUGGUGGACCUCGUGCGAAAGGACGCCAAGGAGGGCAAGGUGGAGUUCAGUGUCAUACCCGAGUGGGGAGAUGACCUGGGCUCGGAGCACGAACGCUACGUGGCGGAAAAGGUGUACAACGCACCGUGCAUCGUGACCGACUACCCGAAGGACAUCAAGGCUUUCUACAUGAAGCUCAACCCGGACGGGAAGACUGUGGCUGCCAUGGACAUCCUCGUGCCCAAGAUCGGUGAGAUCAUCGGCGGAUCCCAGCGAGAAGAAGACCUGGGCAAGCUGACGAAGCGUGCGAAGGAGAUGAACCUCCCAGAAGACUCCAUCUCGUGGUACCUCGACCUCAGGCGGUACGGCACUAUCCAGCACGCGGGCUUCGGGCUCGGUUUCGAGCGGCUGGUCAUGUUCGCCACGGGCAUCGAGAACAUCCGUGACGUCAUCCCCUUCCCCCGGUACCCGGGCCACGCCUCCUUCUGAUUCCUCGGUGCUGCUUGUUGGCGGCGGCCUGUGAGGUUGCAAAAGUCACGCCUCCUUCUGAUUCCUCGCUGCUGUUAGUUGGCGGCCUGUUCUGUUGCAAUUUCACGGCUCGUUCUGGUCAUUCUCAGGUUGUUGGUGGCGGCCUGUUCUGUUGCAAGGUCACGCCUCGUCCCGAUUAUUCGCUGCAUGUUGGCGGCCGGGAAGGAUUGCGUUUUCCUGAGGAUAUUGUCUGGGGCUGCCAGCAGGUCUAACCUUUCGGUGGUUCGGGUGGGUCGUGACUCUUCCCAAGUUGUUCGUUCACUCAACCAAGCUGCGCCGUACCCAGUUUUUCAUUUUGCGUCCUCGUUGUUCGGUGUUGUAUGAGUAUUUCAGUCUGCAGUCAAACCAGAAUCGUACCGGCGAUGCGAGACCCCAACGGCCGCCUUUUUGUGCCUGCUUGGCAAGCAACCGGGAGCUUGAAGGGAAACGUCUAUCGCUGUUGGAAUGAUCCGCUGAAUAUACAUUGGUCACCGUGUCUACGGCUGGUGUUGUUUUUUCGUAGUUCCAGACUCCAAAAGGAUUAAGGAAAGGACCCCUGGUGGCCGAGAUUGCGAGAGAUGGCGUCGACACUGCUUGCGAGGGUGUCCUUCUUGCCAGGAUUGGAUUCGCGGGUGCAGAGGUGGCAAGAAUUGGUGUUUUUUGUGUUGGACGUUGGUACAUCCUGACCGCCGGGUACUUUACCCUGGGGGAAAAGCUGCCAGCUUUUCAAUUUUUUCGUCGCUUUUUAUUGUCUGCCCACUGUUUUUUACAUGUUUCUUGGAUAUGCAUUUGCAAACAUGAAAGUAUUCGGUAAACGUGAACGUCUUGCGUAUAUGAAUGUCUAUGUUGCCGUAGCGCACUAUUAGCUGUUUCGACGUACUCAUCAUGAGGCGCGCUUCCUCGCGUUGGGGGUACUUCGUAUGGAACAAUGUUGGGACGGAGCAAUACUCAUUU